AUAAUACAAACUACAGUGUUAUUGCAUUAACCAAGCAAAAAAUAUGUACGUAAAAAAAGGUAUUAUUUACAAAAUACUUCAGUUUUAUCUUGUUUCGUAAUGAUAACUUUUCCUUCUUGUGAUAAUAUUUCCAAUGCAAUGCAAGAACGACACUUAACCGUAUGUGUUACUCUUUAUACGAUUCUAGACGUAAUUGAAUUCUAGUAGGUUAUAAUAUAUAUAUAUGCAACGCGUUUUGUCCAUAUUUUGUUAUUUGUUCUGAAGAUAUUACUUAAAAAAUAAAUAUCGAUUUUUUCGAUUAUCGAUAUCACUUGCAAUUAUAAUAAUACAUAUGGAUAAAAGUAAAGAACUGUAAUAUUAAACAAGCAAAGGAUUGUACUGAUUAAUAGACAUAAUGGAAACUGCAGCAGCUUCAAUUUUAAAACGAGCAGUGGAGAAAGACAAAGAGGAACAAUAUACUAUGUCUCUUAUAUUAUAUCAAGAAGGUGUACAAAUACUCCUAGAUACUAUAAAAGAAACAAAGGACCCAGUUAAGAACAAACAUUUUACUCUUAUGGCAUCGCAAUACUUGGAUAGAGCGGAGAAGGUAAAGCAAUUAGUCGAAAAGAAGAAAAUACAAGGUACAUACAGGGAAUUAAUAAAGAUUAAUGAUGGUGCAACCGGUUAUGGAUAUAAUAGUCUUUUUGGUAGAUUUCUGGAUGCUAUGGUUACAUUCAUUCAAAUAGAAGAUCCAUAUAUAAGAACAUUUCAUCAGUGUCAAAAUCUAGUAAGAAUGUGUGAGUUAGCAGUUCAAAAAUGUCAUUCUCUAUCAAAAAUAUUUCUCAUUACUACAUCUGAUCCAGAUGAUUCUAAAAAUCAAUCUAAAAGGCUUGAAGAAACGAAGCAGAGCCUGAAAUCACAUCUUGUAUCAUUUGAAAUUACGUAUUCUGAUACAUUACAUGACAGACAAAUUAUACUUAGCAAUGGAUGGAUAAUAAAGAUAGGACGUGGUUUAGAUUAUUUUAAAGCACCUGCUGGAAAGUUUGCUUUGGGUUCUUGUGAUCUUGAACUAAGAUCAUGUCAGGAAACUACAGUAGAUAUUUUUCAUAGUAGUCAAUUGAAUGAAAAGUAAUUAUGAAGUAAGAAAUGGUAUAAGUGGAUGACAUGAAUUUUGACUAUCAGAUUUUUAUUCUUAAAAAAAAAAGUUUUCACCUUAAGAAUAUAAUUCUGUAUUAUUAUAUUUAUUAUAAGCGGGUUGUUUAUAUUCCAUUAUAUGAAAUUCUUUGGUCGUGAGCGGAUCGAUGGGAUGCUUUUUAUAUUUUUAUCAAAAUUAUAAUAUAUCAUU